AUGUACCAGGUCUCACUGCAGUCGCCCAUCAGCCCCGGCGGGUGGGCAAAGGUCAACCGGCGCCGCAUAUUCUCAUACCCGGCCCUCGGCCGGUACUGCGUCGUCGCCUGCUGCCUCACCCUCCUCUUCUCGUCGCUGCUGCUCUUCCGCUCCUCCGAGUCCGCCACCCGCCUCAUCCCGCCCUCGCUCUCCGACAUCUCCCCGCCAUGGCGCAAGCCCGCCACCGACGCCGAGCUGCUCGACAUCCUCUCCGGCGCCGCCAGCUCCGGGCCCCACCCCAUCGACGACCUCAUCGCCGCCGCCCGCCGCGCCCAGGAGGACCUGCUCAAGCAGCGCUCCACCGACCUGCGCAGCGCCGCCGCCCGCUACCGCGUGCGCAGGGGCCGCCACCCCCCUCCCGGGUUUGACAAGUGGGCCCAGUACGCCCUCGACCACGACGCCGUCAUCGUCGAGAAGUUCUUUGACCGCAUCUACCACGACCUGCAGCCCUUCUGGGGCCUCGACGCCCGCGACACGGCCCGCCGCGCCGCCACCGCCGAGCACGUCGUGCGCGUGCGCGACGGCAAGGCCACCCCCGUCGGCGACACCACGGGGAGGGUCCCCUGGCUGCAGCUGUGGACCGAGCUGGUCCAGGAGGCCGAGCAGUUCCUGCCCGAGGUCGACAUGCCCAUCAACUACAAGGACGAGAGCCGCAUCCUCGUGCCCUGGGAGGACAUCAACGACCUGGUCGACAAGGCCCGCACCUGGAGGAAGGUCGUCCCCGUCGAGGACGUCGUCAAGGACUACAAGGGCCUGGGCUGGAUGCACGUCGACAACGAGCUGCACGCCCACCAGCCCCAGUGGAUCACCAAGGACUCCCCGCGGUACUGGGACCUCGCCCGCGUCACCUGCGCCCCCGACUCCCCGAGCCGCAACGUCAGCGCCCUGACCGACUUCUCCCUGCCCCCGGCCUUCCCCGAGGACUGGGCGCCCGACUACAGCGAGAACGGCUACGUCAAGAACUUCACCGCCGCCUCGGACCCCUGCCAGCAGCCGCACCUGCGCGCCCUGCACGGGACCUUCGUCGAGCCCAUAAGCCUGUCGACCACGACGGAGCUCAUCCCCCUCUUCGGCGGGAGCAAGCUGCCCAUGAACAACGAGAUCCUCAUCCCCGGCGCCAUGUACCUGACCAAGGACCCCUUCUACUCGGGCGGCGCGACCCACGGCCCGAGCUGGGACAAGAAGUCCACCAGCGUGACGUGGCGCGGCGUCGCCAGCGGCGGGCGCCACCGCGCCGCCAACUGGACGCACUUCCAGCGCCUGCGCCUGAUCGAGAUGCUCAACGGCACGACGGUCACCAACAUGGAGCGCAACGGCGCGCGCGCCAUGACCUUCGACAUGCCGCCCCUCUCGCGGUACGACUUCCCGCUGCGGCGCGAGGGCCGCGUCGGCGAGUGGCUGAGCGCCCACGCGGACGCGGGCUUCAACCACCUCAUCUGCUUCCCGCGCGACUCAAACUGCACGUACCUGAGCCCCCACUUCAGCGAGGUGGCCUCGGUGCCCAUGGCCGAGCAGUACGCGCACAAGUUCAUCCCGGACGUGGACGGCAACUCCUUCUCGGCGCGGUACAGGGGCCUGCUGCUGUCCACCUCCCUGCCCCUCAAGUCCACCGUCUACGCCGAGUGGCACGACGACCGCCUGCAGCCCUGGCUGCACUUCGCCCCCAUGGACAACACCCUCCAGGACCUCUACGGCAUCCUCGACUACUUCACCCGCGACGACAGGGGCGACGCCGCCGCCCGCGUCAUCGCCGAGACGGGCAAGGCCUGGGGCGAGUCCGUCCUGCGCCGCGAGGACAUGCUGCUGUACGUGUGGAGGCUGCUGCUCGAGUUCGCGCGCGUGUGCGACGAGGACCGCGACCGCCUGGGCUACGUGGACGACCUGGUUGGUGAUAAGAACCACUGA